GCUCUGACAAUAUACGCCGCAAGCGCGCCCGCCACGGUGGCCUUGACAGCGACUCCGAUGGCUCAGGGAAUGAAACUCAACAUGCCUCCCCAGGGCCGGCAUCGCUCCGCGCCGCAUACAAGAAGGCUUUCCGCCGAGCGUCAGAGCGCGCCCUAACGAUGCCCUCCUCGCGUACGUCCAAAAAGUCUGAGCUUUUUCAUCCUAGUUCGCCCGCUAGGCUCGUACGCGCACCAUCGCGGAGAUCUCCCUCACCCGCCUACUCCAGCUCUUCCUCCAGCCCGAUCCGCGUCCCACUACCCUCCUCGGCUUCGGGGAGAGGCCGCAAGGUCGCCGCUUCUCUCGAUCUCUUCAAGGAGACUGCGCCCAGUCCAACAGUAGAGAAGGAUGAGGUCGAAGCGUUCGAGCUUCCCAGGCCAGACUCUCCCCGCGCGAAGCGCAGGGGUGGCGUCCCUGUGGAAGCGGUUGGCGAGGCCCAGUUCGAGUUCGUCAAGCGGUCGGAUUGGCCUGACCGCGAAGCGGCCGCUGUUCGCAGGGAGAAGAGCACGACUGGGCUGGAACGUGUCCGGACGCGCGAGAGUACCAGUUCGCUUGUCAGCUUGCGCGAACAAGAUUACAGGAGACGAAAGGAGCGGACAUUGUCUCGACGCGAUACGGUGCUCAAUGACCUCGUACAAUGGCGAGCAGCGGUUCAAGCCGGGCGCGACGAGGAUGGCCGCGGCAGACCACGAGAGCGAAGCAUGUGGAUCGAAGACACGCCCCCGGAUGGGGUCGCCGCUUCUCCUGGAUCCGACUCGACUGUGUCCUCCGCCUCUACGCAUUAUCAAGAGAAUGAUGCUCUUCGAUCACCUAUCCGAGCUCGCUUUCCUCCCUCACCAUCCUCCCAUUCGCCUAUCGCCGAGCUUCACCGACCACCACAUCCACCGGCUCAGCGCACGGUCUCGCCUCUCGAUCUCCAUGAAGUUCCUCCACCUGUACGUCGCGGCCCGACACGGUCACGUUCCCGCCAGACGCCCAUUGAGACGCCAUUCGCGGUCCAACAAAUCCCGCAGUAUCCACAUCCCCUCGAUUCUCCAUGGUCCACCGACGAUGAAUCAGCAUGGGAGACUGCUUCGGUAACCACUACGACGUCGACGACAUCCGCAUCGUCACCCUUUCCUCUGUCUCCGUCGCGGACAAGCCCACAUCCACAGCCCCAUGUCCAUCGAGGCAGUGAUGAGGACGAUGAACGUCACCAUCCAGCACUGCUAUCUCCUUAUGAAGAUAUGAACUUUGGCUCAGAUAGCGGAGACGGUGCUGCAGGCGGGGACAUCGCUAGCAACCUCGAUCUGUUUGGGUUCUCGCAAGAGAGCUUGCCGCAUAUUCCUUUGCGGCCCUUUCGAAAUCAGGUGGGCGGCCACAGCGCCAUUUACAAAUUCACUAAGCGCGCUGUCUGCAAGCCUCUGGUUUCUCGCGAGAAUCUGUUUUACGAAGCGGUGGAACGCGAGGCUCCGCCGCUCCUCGAGUUCAUUCCACGCUACCUCGGCGUCAUGCUCGUGAGUUACCGCAAGGUCCCGAAGAGCUCCAGCGUCUCCCCCAAGAUGUCGACCACCGAGAAGCCGCUGUCUAUCAAUGACGGCUUGAGAGCCCGUCGACCCCUCCUGGCCAAGGCUCAGAGCGACUUCGCGAAGUCAGGGUCUGGCGAUCCGCAGAGCGAAUCACCGGAACGUGCCGGGGGCGACACCGACGUCGAGGAGGCUGAGCUACCAGAGGUCGCCCUCGACUACAACCGGCACAUUAUCCCACAGUGGUUGUUGCGUGGUUCCCGGCACCGCUCCAUGUCGCACUCCUUCGCGUCGCAUCCAGGACGACCUGUGGACCUUCGUCUGGGGCGGCCGCACUUGUCCGCUAUGACUGCGUCGAGCCCUGAUCUCGGGCUCGCAACUUACCGUUCGCGCCAGUUCGGCUGCGGCUCUUCGUCCCAGCGCCAUCCCACUAGCAGGCUGGCGUACUCUGCCAACAUGGAAGAGGCCGACACACGAACCCCCACGAACUCCCCGCGCCAGUCUAUCGUUCCUGUCGCACGGAGUAUAUCCGCGCAAGGAUCAAUGUCGCCCGUGAGCUCGUUCCAGAACGGGUUCUUCGGCGGGACCGGCUCCACCGUCGUCAACACGAGGUUCAAGGACCAUGUCUUCAGCACGCUCUUGAAACGCUUGUCGAAGCGGGUCUCAGGGCGCGUUUCGAUGAGCGCGAGGGUGGACGACGACGGGGACACUGCAGACGUCGAGGGCGAUGGACCGUCGUUUAGCGACGGUAUGCACUCUUGGCAACGGAAGAAGAAGCUCAGCAGGGUCGAGCGGCUGCGGCAGGAGGAGUGCAGUAUUCUUGGGCAGCCGCUGCGGCGGGUGCAGAGCGAGCGGCAGAUUAGCAACCUCGGACAGUACCCCACGCAUCCACAGCAACAGCACGACGCACCGUCGGAAAUCUUCGACUUCGAGUCUUCGCAGGACAAUGGGCUGCCUCCUCUUUCGCCGUCGUCAUCCUCGCGCGCGCCAUCCCAGCAGUAUGAAGACGGCCAGUCGUUCGCUGCCCGCUCGUACCGCCGGAGCCGCUCGCGCUCGCACGAGCCGUACCUCUCGAGCGUCCCGGAGCCGUUUCCGCUCGUCGAGCCGCACGCACCUUCGCAGUGCCGUGAGGCAGACCCGGCGGUUACGCGCCAGAACCACUUCAUCUUGAUGGAGGACCUCACAGGGCGGCUCAAGUACUCGUGCGUGCUCGACCUCAAGAUGGGCACGCGCCAGUACGGCAUGGAUGCGACCCCGGCGAAGAAGAAGAGCCAGCGCAAGAAGUGCGACCGGACGACGAGCAGGCGGCUGGGAGUGCGUGUAUGCGGGAUGCAGGUUUGGAACCACGUCACCCAGUCGUACGUGACGCAGGACAAGUACAAGGGGCGCGAGGUCCGACCCGAGGACUUCCCCUCGGUGCUCGCGUCGUUCCUCCAGGAUGGCGAGCGCCUGCUCGUGUACCAGAUCCCCGUCAUCCUGCGCAAGCUCUACGCGCUCGCGCGCAUUGUCAACCGGCUGAAGGGCUUCCGCUUUUACGGCUGUUCGUUGCUCAUGAUCUACGACGGCGACCGCGAAGCGCAGGAGGCGUUCCGCGCAUCCGUGCUCGAGAACCCGUCCGCGCGGAGCAAGCGCGGGGAGUCGCUCGAGCGCCAGCUCGACGUGCGCACGGCCGGCGACGGCAGCUCGCAACGGCCUGCGCUGCGCCGUUCGCACAGCGAGGACCUGCUCGUCGGGCCCGUCGCGGACCGCAGCAGUCGCCGGCGGAAGCGCGGCGAGGUGCAGAUCCGGCUCGUCGACUUUGCGCACACGACGACGGGGCGCGACUGGCUGCCGCACCCGCCGCCGAGCGGGGACGUCGAGGAGGUGACGAGCGGGAAGGGCUACCAGGCGGACGUGGACCCGGAGACGGGGCUCAUCUACGCGCGCUUCCCGCCGCACUACCCGGACACGCCAGACCGCGGCUUCCUGUUCGGGCUCAUGAACCUCGCGGAGACGUUGGAGCGGAUAUGGAACGAGGAGCGGCUGCGGCGGAUCAAGUGCUCGCGCGACGAUCCCGCGGCGGUCGCGGACCAGCUGCCGCCGUUGUCGACGGACGGGAAGGAGAUCUUUGACGAGAUAUUCAGGACGGAGGACGGCGAGGAGGAUCUCGGGAUGCUUUCGACUUGAGGGCUCUUCGGGUGUGCUUGUCCUCGGUUUCGCGCGCACAUAUGGCAGGGUCGGUUUGUACAUGCACCCGCCUUUUUUCAUCUAUCGUUUCUUGUAUGUUCUUGGGCAUGCUUCUGCAGUCUCUGUCUCAGCCCCACACGUUCUACCCAUCUCUCUCUCUCUCUCUCGUCCUGCCGCGCUCUUUUCCUUUAUCGUUAAGCUGUCCCUCGUGUCAUUGUGUCUGCAUUGUUUUUUUGCGCAUGCAUCAUCCAUGAACGUUAGAUAACACUCCCACUCUCCUCGUCCACGGUGUAUAUGUAUCAGCACCCAGUACUUAUGCUACCAACAUCGUACAUAAUGUCCCCCGCAAUCCUCCUUUCCUUCAAUUUACUUAUGUCCCG